UCCAGUUUAAAGUAAUCUAGAAAUAUUUCAGUAAAAAGAUUGACCGUGUGAGGGGGUGAGUGUGUGUCGAGGAUGAUCAGUGCACUGGUCUUCAGUAAAAGAGGAGGUGAAUCCUGUGGUGGUUGGUAAUGAGAUGAGUGAUAUUGUGAUAGAUAAAUGGAAUUCAGUCAGUCCUGAAUGUAACCUGCUGGGUCUCUCCAUUGCCUCAAGCGAGUUUAGCACAGUGAGAUUUCAAAGGUUCAGGCUUCAUGUCCAAUCUGUGCUGUUUGUUUUUGUUAAAACUGCAUUUGGACUAUUCCCCUUCUUUCCUCACCCUGUUGUUAUCUUUCAGGCUGUGCGUUUGCAUUGCUUCCUCCAAAGGACCCAGCCACUUGUUGGGUAUUGGCAACUUCUCUCUACACAGAAAUACAACACUCAAAAUGCAGGACCUUGGAGAUAUAUCUCUUGUGGGUUCCCUACAGCCGGGACUCUCAGUCAGUCUGAGGAAACUUCACCCGAUUCCCUUUCAGCUCCAAAGAUCAAACCCGAGCUUCUGGAAGCUCUCCGACAAACUGCUGCGAAAAAUUUUGGAAAGUCAGACAUCGAUACCUCAGGCUUUGAGAUUGUGGCCGAAUCCAUCCUGAAGCUCGGAUUCAGCCAGGUGCAGGUGAAGCAGCUGCUGGCUUUGAAUCCCAGAAUUGCUGUACAACCUCCACAGAAGAGCCUUCCUGCACUUUACAUGCUCAGCCUCCUUGGCCUAAACCCAAGCAGCACCCUCAAGGUCCUGGAGAAAUGUCCAGAACUGUUUGGAGCAAAGGACCAUCAACUUCAGUCGCGCAUUGACAACCUGCAGAAGCAUGGGCUGGGAGAAGGCAGUCUACAACGUGUAUUGCUGCAAUCCCCACAGAUCCUGAACCUCUCUGCAAAGCAGGUGAACAACACAGUGCGUUUCUUGAAAGACAAGUGUAUUUUCACAGGUCAGCAGAUAACAGAAAUCCUCCAGACUUCACCCAACAUCCUUUUUGAGAAAUCUGAAGAAUUGGAAUACAAGUUCCAGUUACCCCAUCACUGUGACACAGGCUUUACCUGGAUAAGGUAAUCAUCUCCAGGAAUGUGGUGUAGCUGUGUAGUUUGGAAUGUUUUUGAAAUAAAUUGAUGCUACUACAGGUGACCACAACUCUCACAAAUGAGGAAAAGACAUUGAUAUAUUUAUAUAUACAUAUUUUUUUAAAAGCAGAUUUUUUCAAAAUAAGCUUUACUGUUUACACAGCAUAAAUACAAAAAUAUGUAAUUUGAGUAAAGGACAAAGAGGUACAUUAAAUACUCCAUGCAGGCACUUGGAAUCUUUAUGAAAUAUAGAAUAGAUUUCAAUUGAUAAUUUUGAUGCCAUAUAGUAAUCCCAUCAGAUGUUUGGCAAGCAGAGGAUAAUGAUUAAAACAGUUCUUACCAGACUAGUUAGAUGCACAAUUAGAUUUUGUAGGUCCCGAACUACACACAUCACUGCAUGUAGACCAUGACACUACAUGAGUAGUGAUGAGAAGCUUUUGGUAUCCUUAUGUUGUGGUAACUUUAUAUUGCUCAAGGUGCCCCAUGGCUUACUAAAUGAUGGAGUUGACAAUUCACAAUGAUUUAUCCUGGUCAGGAUCUGUCAAACUGCCAAUCCUAGUCCCCAUGUCUUUGCUGGAUUCAUUGCUGUGGUGUUUUAGAUAGAAGUGAUGGAUUUCUCCUUCCUCCCAUCAUGGUUAAUUACAUUCACCCUGUCGUAGGUGCAAGGGCUGUGUCCAGACUGACUGUCACAAACCCCCAUGUCAGUCAGCAACUACUUCCAUGUAGGCAGAGACAAGGUGAGCAUAGUUAAUCCUUCAUGAGGCAGAAGGGACCUGAUGAAUAAAAUUAGUCACGCUUGAGCCAGGUAAUGCGAUUCAAACCUAUGACUACAGCAGCUGUGUGUUACACUGUCCACCACACAAUUACAUGCUACCUGGUUAUUUUACAAAUGUAUUUAACUAAGGUAUUUGUGAUAUUGUUUUCAUGACAAUGCUACAGACAGUUCAGGAUCUGUCAGGAAACAUCACCAUCUUUCAAGAUGGGCUGAAGCUGAGUCCCCACAAACUUUAACUGAGCUUUUAAAUUCCACAGGAGUUUGCAGUAGUUCAACACAGAUCUCCCCAGACUAAUCAGGUUUAGUGUCAUGUUUUGAAUGCAAGUGUUGGACAGCAAAUCCUGCACAUUCCCAUGAGGUGGCUAUGUAAACCACAUUGCUGUUUUUCUCAUUGUUUCUAACAUGAAAAUAUGUAAUUCAGAAGAUAAAUAUUGCAUCUAUGGUGUUCUCCCAACAUGCAAGGAAUCUUUAUAUAACAUAGUAUUACGAGAUAUAAACACGAUGGCAAUAGUCCAUCUUUGCAUUGAUCACGAGAUGGUUGUGUUCAUUCAACUAAAGAAAAGCUGAACAUUUAUUUCCUUAGGUAAAUACGUAGUGCAAAGUUUAGCAAUCUGUUAGCCAAGUUGCUUUUAUUUAAAGGAAUAGAAGUGAAACCAGCUGCUAGUACAAAAUUAGUUGUCAGAAUACUAGACUAGUGUCACAAUAGUGCACAAAAAUAUUAUAUAUUAAUUUAAAAUAACUUUAUUAAUUUAUUCCAUACUAAAGCAAUGCAAAGUGGCAAUUUUACUAUAGGUCUUUAAUCUGGGACAAAGUGAUGUUGGCUGUCGAGGCUACAUGCACCCCCCUAAUGAAGAGAGAUAAUUGCUUCCAUCACUAAACGUCAGGGCCAUUCAAUCCUCUGUUUAUUUUAUACUAAGAGUUGUAACAAGAAAUCAGCCACAACUGGAGAAAUUUACUGGUUUCGGUUUUGAGUAUUACAGAAUAGGAAGCAUUAGUUCCCCCAGUGGCUCUAAACCUUGAACAAGUACAUUUUAUAACUGAACUGGCAUUAAUAAAAUGAGAAUUAAACAGAACCGUGCAGGAUAUUGGUAAGUUUUGGUACACGAGUAUUGCUGAAAGCAUGCACUUUUAGGGAUUGGCACUGAUAGGUUGUCAACAGGAAAUCUAAAGUACAGCAACUGUAUCACAGAUGAUCUCAAAUGAAAUCUGACUUCACCUCAGUUUCUCAAUCUCAGAUGAAUUCAAUUGUUCUAACUGCAAGGGUCAUGUAGCUACAAACUCUGGCCCAACCCGGAGGGUUGCAAAAGAAACUUUAUGGAUUAUGAAUCACACAGAGAUCAACCACAGCUGAGGGCCAUACAGCAUGUGUAAUGAGGAGCUGUCUGGUUAUCGCUUCAAAGCGGAUAUCAAGCAGUCAUUCAGAUGGCAUAUAAUCAGACAAAAAAACAACCAGGCUCCGGGUGACAAAAAGCACUACACGCUGGAUGGUGUAAGUCAAAAUAAAAGGCUUAACUCAUAAAUCUAACUAAAGGAUCUCUAAUGUAAUUUUAUCAGUAAAUACUGAUGACAAUUCCUUUGUAUUCAUUACUUAUGUGAAUGGUUGCAGAGUAUGAAAAUAAUGUUACUGGGGUCAGAAAUAAGGUGACGUGUUUCACUGGUGCUCAGCAUCCUUAACAUUAGACCUUAAUAACAAGCAGUUUGAAUAUUCUUGAGUGAUGACAUGCAGGAGUGUUCUGCGUAAUUGUAACGUGUAUAAAUCCAAUGUUACUUAAAUGUAAUAGAACUAUAAAGUAUGUCAAUACAGCAGUGUUAAACUUUAAAAACAUACCAUUACAAAUAUGCUCACAACCUUUACGUACCUACUAAAUAAAAUGGUUAAUAGCAUAUUCA